AUGGACUCGGCAGCGGUAGCGAUGGAGAUCCCCCACCAUGACGCACCGGUGUCGCUGAAAAAGAGCCGUACCGCGGCACUGGAGGCAAUGGAGGACAUUGUCGCGGGCGUUGUCGGAAAAUACAUCGAGUACCCCUUCGACACGGUCAAGGUCCGCCUCCAAUCUCAACCCGACAACCAGCCCCUCCACUACAAGGGCCCGCUCGACUGCUUCCGCCAGUCUUUCAAGGCCGAGGGCGUCCGCGGCCUUUACCGUGGCAUCAGCGCGCCGCUCGUCGGAGCCGCGCUCGAGAACAGCAGCCUGUUCUUCUUCGAACGGAUCGGCCGCGCCGCUGUAUACUCGUCCGGGUGGACGGCCCAGGGCCAGGAGCUGUCUUUGUCGGCACUGUGGCUCACCGGCGCCUUCUCCGGCUUCUUCACGUCGUACGUCCUUACGCCCGUCGAGCUCGUCAAGUGCAAGAUCCAGGCCCCUCCCCGGGCCGACGGUUCGGCGGCGCCGCAGCAACUGCGCCCGCUCUCCGUCGUCCGCGACAUCUACCGCCACAACGGCAUCAGGGGCUUCUGGCACGGCCAGAUGGGCACCCUGAUCCGCGAGUCCGGCGGGUGCGCUGCCUGGUUCGGCAGCAAGGAGACAGUGACCAAAAUGUUCAAAGUGCUCAACGCCAGGUCGGCCAAGACAGAGGGUGAAAGAGACGCGCUGGCGGCAAAGCCGCUGCCGCUGUGGCAGCAGGCGUUGGCGGGCGCCUCGGGCGGCGUGUCGUACAACUUCCUCUUCUUCCCGGCUGACACGAUUAAGUCGCGCAUGCAGACGGCGGCCAUUGGUGACGCGGCGUUGAGCCGUUCGUUCUGGCAGGAGGGCGCGGCCGUAUGGCGGCAGCACGGGCUGAGGGGUCUGUAUCGGGGUUGCGGCAUAACGUGCCUUCGCUCGGCGCCCAGCUCGGCCUUCAUUUUCAUUGUUUUUGACGGCCUCAAGCGACAUUUUCCCCUGCAAUAG